CAACUAAUUUCAAUUCUAUUAUGGUAAAUUUAUUUUAUUCAAAUAUUAUAUUAUAUCAACAAAUGUAUUAUCUAAUAUAUAAAUGAUUUUGUUUUUCAUUCCACUGUUUGUUAGCUUUUCAAGGAUUUAAUUUGUUUGAUUAUAGAAUCAACAUUUAUUAAUAUAUUUUUAAAAUAUAAAAAAAAAUGCUUAAUGUGUUUAAAUUUAAUAUUUAUUAUGAUAACCUAGUUAAAUAGGAAAGGGUAGACUCUCAUGACAUCGUGUCAUGAUCGGAUGAUUUUUUUUUUAUAUACUCACGGUCAUUAGUGAGUCUGUAUAAAAGCCAAAUGAAAAAUAGACUCGUUUGAUUAUCGUAUGUUCAAUGAUGAUGAGGGCCACGUUUUUCAUACUAAUUGUUUCCUGUGUUGCAUUUGUUUUUUGUGAUAAAAAUGCAAAAAUCGUGAUUGUUGGUGCUGGAGCAGCUGGAACAGCAGCUGCAUCAAAACUAUUGGAAAAUGGAUUUACCAAUGUUACAAUAUUGGAAGCACAAGAUAGAAUUGGAGGCCGAGUUUGGACAACAAAAUUAGGAGAAUAUUGGGCAGACAUGGGAGGACAAUGGGUUCAUGGAGACAUAAAUAAUGUUGUUUUUGAUAUGGCUAAUCCUCUUGGACUCGUCCAAAAAAGCACUGGAAACAUUAGCUUUCACAAAAUGUAUAGUUCAUCUGGACCAGAUAUAUCCAAAGAAAUUGCCACGAAAGCAGCACAAAUAUUUCUGCCAGAAGAUGAAGAAAUUGACCUUAAAAGCCUAACAACUGGCUCAAUUGGAGAAUAUUUUGUCAACAGAUUCAAUGAGUUUUUUAAAGCUCAUCCUGAAAUUCCAGCCAAACAACAUCAAUCAAUUUUAAAUGCAUUGAAUUUAUUGAUAAUGACAGGUGACGCUGCAAAUAGUUGGUUUGAUGUUUCUGCCAGAGCUAUCAAAGAAUAUGGUGAAGUAGGAGAUCAACGAGUCAAUUGGAAGGACAAAGGUUACUCAACAAUUCUUGAUAUACUCAUGAAAAAAAUUCCUGAUCCAUCAAAAGAAUUACCUGUUAUAAAUAAUACAAUUUUUAAUAGUCAAGUAACAAAAAUAAAUUAUGAAAAUGAUGGAGCUGUUAAAUUGUCUACUUCUAAUGGAAAUAAAUAUGAAGCUGAUCAUGUUAUUUUUACAUGCUCAUUGGGUGUAUUAAAAGCAGAUUUCGAAAAAAUAUUUACUCCAUCAUUACCGGAAAAAAAAAUUAAUGCAAUCAAGUAUCUUGGAUUUGGACAUGUUGCUAAAAUUUUUUUACUUUAUGAUGAACCUUGGUGGGAACUUGAUUCUUAUUUUCUCAAAGUAUUUUUAUGGAGUGAUGAAGACAGAGCAGAGCUAGAAAAAGACCCUGAACGUAAAUGGAUGUUGGGUCUUACUUACGCAAUUCCAGUUGAACACAAACCUAAAUUAUUUUGUCUUUGGUUGGCUAGUGAUUAUUCAACAGAAAUGGAAAAAAUACCAGAUGAAUUAUUUAAAAAUCAGACUAUUGGACUUGUCAAUAGAUUUUUUGGACGAGACUAUAACAUCACUCUGCCAAAUGAAAUUAGAAGAACUAUGUGGAAUACCAAUCCAAACAUCAGAGGCACUUAUAGUUAUCACUCGAUUGAAUCUGAUAAACUCAAUGCAAAAAACGAAGAUCUAGAAGAACCAAUAAUGAAAAAUAAUAAACCCAUUAUUCAAUUUGCUGGUGAAGCAACUGAACCUUAUCAAUAUGGUACAGUUCACGCAGCUAUAAAAUCAGGAUUCCGAGAAGCCGAUCGCUUGAUGAAAUCAAUAAAAUAAAAUUUAAAAAAAUUGUUAUUAAAAUUACAAUUAUCUUGUAAUAGUUUUAUUAAAAAAUGUAAGCAACUUUGCAUGCUAUAUAUACUCAACUCAAAUUUCUUGAUUUAAGUACAAGUAAUUAUUGUUGACUAUUAUUUAUCUAAUAUUUUAAUUAAUUAUCACCAACAUGGACUUGGUGUAAAAAACCAACAUGGUGACGUAAAAACUCAAGUGCUUGAUUUUUUCCAGAAUCAAAUGCUCCAUGAGUAGUUGAAUAAUAAUGUUCUGAUGUUGCUUCUCCUGCAAACAUCACAACAGGAACAUUCUAAAAAAUAAAAAAUAAUUAAAAAUACUAUUUAAUUUUUUUUUCUUUCACUAAUAUAAUUUAAAACAAAUAAUUUAA